AUGUUUCGCAGAAUUGCUACUGCAGCGCCCCGCAGAGCUUUGUCUGCUAGAAGUUCAAUCAUUACUGUUCGUCAUCUAUCUACCUCUGGUUAUAGGAUGUCUAGCUUGAAAGCUCUCAAUGACCCAAUAUCGAGACCUCUAGCAUCGGAUUCAUUCCAGCUCGUACCAGAAUCGCAGAAAGCUGGCGCGGCUGAAGACGAAUUAUACGAACAACAAAUAAAGGAAGUGGAAACAUGGUGGAAUACUCCAAGAUAUGAAGGAAUCAAGAGACCAUAUUCUGCAGCAGACGUUGUUUCAAAACGUGGGAGUCAGCAGCAAUCAUACCCAAGCUCCGUUAUGGCUAGAAAAUUAUUCAAUUUAAUUAAAGAGAGGGAGGCAAACGGGAAACCAAUACAUACAAUGGGUGCUAUUGACCCUGUACAAAUGACUCAACAAGCUGCGAACCAGGAAGUCUUGUAUAUCUCGGGAUGGGCAUGUUCUUCUGUACUUACGACCACGAAUGAGGUAUCUCCAGAUUUCGGCGAUUACCCUUACAAUACCGUACCAAAUCAGGUCCAACGAUUGGCAAAAGCGCAGUCAAUGCAUGAUCGAAAACAAUGGGAUGCUAGAAGGAAGUUAAGUAAGGAAGAACGGGCAAAGACACCAUAUACCGACUAUCUCAGACCAAUUAUCGCAGACGGAGAUACAGGGCAUGGUGGACUUUCGGCUGUUCUGAAGCUUGCCAAGCUUUUCGCGGAGAAUGGAGCUGCCGCUGUACACUUCGAGGAUCAAAUGCAUGGUGGAAAGAAGUGCGGACAUCUUGCUGGCAAAGUUUUAGUGCCGGUCGGAGAACACAUUAAUCGCUUGGUGGCUGCGAGAUUCCAAUGGGAUGUUAUGGGCUCAGAAAACUUGGUAAUUGCUCGAACAGACUCCGAAAGCGGAAAGCUUCUCAGCAGUGCGAUUGAUGUGCGAGAUCAUGAAUUCAUUAAAGGCGUCGCAGAAGACGGUAUCGAAUCAUUGGCGGAGACUUUGCAAGCUAUGGAAUUGGCAGGAGCUACAGGCGCUGAGAUUGAUACUUUUGAAGCGGAAUGGGUGAAGAAAACGGAACUCAUGACGUGUGACGAAGCCGUUGUCAAGCAAUUGAAGGAACAAGGUGUCUCGGAGUCGAGUAUCAACGAGUACCUUGAAGCUACUAAGCAAGAUCGGGAUAUGUCGAUCACGAAGCGAAAGGAUUUGGCUACCAAAUACAGCAAAACCCCAAUAAUAUUCAAUAUAGAUAUACCUCGAACACGAGAAGGUUUCUACCAUUACAAGGCUGGUAUGGAAGCCGCCACAAAGCGAGCGAUUCAAUAUGCACCAUAUGCUGACCUCUUGUGGGUUGAAACCGGAGACCCCAACGUCAAAAAUGCAGCGCAAUUCUCCGGCGAGAUUCGUGCCAAGUAUCCUGGUAAAGGAUUAGUCUACAAUCUUUCUCCUUCAUUUAACUGGAUGGGUCAUGGUUUCACUGACGAAACUUUGAAAUCUUUCAUUUGGGAUAUUGCAAAGCAUGGAUUCGUCCUACAAUUAAUCUCGCUCGCCGGUCUCCAUUCUACGGCAACAAUCACCAGCGAAUUAUCAAAGGCAUUCAAGGAUGAGGGUAUGCUUGCAUAUGUGAACUUAAUCCAGAGAAGAGAAAAAGAGCUAGGUGUAGAUGUUUUAACGCACCAAAAAUGGAGCGGUGCGUCAUACAUAGAUGGUAUUUUAGGUGCUAUCCAGAGUGGUAGUAGCAGUAGUAAGAGUAUGGGCGACGGGAAUACCGAAGGACAAUUUUAA